AUGACAGAGAAAUUGACACUUGCAGAUGAUGCAAAAGGCAUCUGUGAGGAAGCGGUGGCGCGGCAUUUUAUGCCAGUAUUAAAGUAUAGACAUGAAAGUGUUCCCGAAAUAGUUACCUCUAUUACAGAGAAUAUAGCGCAACGCCUAACGCAGGAGGCAGCACUUCCUAGAAAAUAUAUUGUACAUUGUGUUAUUCUUCAGAAAAAUGGUGCAGGAUUUCACGCACUUUCGGCCUGCUCAUGGAAUCCAGUAAGUGAUGCGUGUUAUGUGCACCAUUCCGAGAACAAGGCUAUGCACUGUGUAGUGACUGUCUACGGUGUUGUGGCGUAA